AUAAAGCCUGAGGUCCCAGUCGGUUGGCCCAUUAGGUCCAUUAGCGGAAUCCAGUGCUGAGCUCUUGGCAACACAGCUGGUCCUGCCCCCUUUCCAAGAUGCUCUUUUGGCACAACCAGCCAGAGCACCUGUGGCCCAGCCCCGGGGAACUGUAUCCUGGGCCGCCAAGCUUGCUCAGGGAGUCCUUGCCCUUGCCCUACCUGAAGCAGGAAGAGCUGCCCAGCAUCCCCAGCGCGGAGCCACCCUGCCCUGUGUUCCAGUAUGUGCUCUGUGCAGCCACCUCGCCAGCAGUGAGGCAGCAGGAGGAGACCCUCACCUACCUGAACCAGGGCCAGUCCUAUGAGGUGCGGAUGCUCUGCAACCCCAAGCUGGGCGAUGCCACCCAGGGGCCCCAGCUGCUGAAGAGUGUAGUGCGUGUGGUUUUCCACGACCGGCGCCUGCAGUACAUGGAGCAGCAGCAGCUGGACGGCUGGAGGUGGAGCCGGCCUGGGGACCGCAUCCUGGACAUAGAUGUGCCACUGUCCGUGGGGGUGAUAGAACCCCAAGUGUUGCCCUCGCAGCUCAACUCGGUGGAGUUUUAUUGGGACCCAACUAAGAGGACCUCCCUCUUCCUGCAGGUUCACUGCAUCAGCACCGAGUUCACUCCUCGGAAAAAAGGUGGAGAGAAAGGUGUCCCGUUCCGCCUCCAGAUCGACACUUUCAAGCCGGGUGACAAGGAGCUUCCGCCUGAGCACCUGCAUUCGGCUGGCUGCCUCAUCAAGGUUUUUAAGCCCAAAGGAGCUGACCGGAAACUGAAAACUGACCGGGAGAAGAUUGAGAAACAGCCUGUGCACGAGAGAGACAAGUAUCAGACUGGCUGCGACAGCACCAUCUUCAUGGAGUGUUCACCGUGGCCAGAGCCCAGUUUGGGCCCCCACCUGGCUCUGAGCCCUCUUGCUCUGACCUCCCCUCAGUCCUGCAAGCUCCUGUCCCCGGAGAGGCUCUGCUCCUCACCACCAUUUGCCUUGGACACUUUGGGGGCAAGCCCAGCUCAGGACCUGAACCCUGGAGCCUCCAUCCUAGAGACACAGCAGUGGUUACAUAGGCACCGGUUCACCAGCUACUGCCGGUUGCUGGCCAAUUUCACUGGCACUGAUCUGCUGAAGCUUACCCGCCAGGACCUUAUCCAAAUUUGUGGGGCUGCCGACGGGAUUCGCCUUUUCAAUACUCUUAGAGCCAGGCCCAUCCGUCACCGGCUGACCUUGUAUGUCGCUCAGGAGGCCUCAAGACAACAGAAUGAGGUUCCUAAGAACCCUGACUCAGGCUUUUAUCAAGAGAUCUCUCUGGAUGAACUCAGUGCUGAUGAGCUCCUGGGGAAACUGGCUGAGAUCCUGGCCCUCCCAGCCAAUCAGAUCCAUCGUCUUUGCCACCAGGGCCCUGGGGGAAUCCUCAUUCUCCUCAGUGACCAGGUGGUUCAGAAUAUUAAGGAUGAAUCCUACUUUGUGGCUGUGGUGAAGAAAGUGCAGAAUCCAGAUGGCUACUACCUGGUUCUGACCUAGGCCCAGGAGUGCCCGCUGCAAGAGGAGACUGAGGCCAGCCGGGUUCUCCUGGAUCCUGCGCUCACCAGAAGCCUUGUUAAAAUCCUCAGCUGCCUCAUGAGGCUCCAGGCCAAGAGCCAAAUCAUCCUGUGUGUCCUCGUCCUGGGGAGGGAACAAGUAGCCCCCGGGUUUAGGAUACAGCCUCUCCCAUUAUGCUGAGAUGGCCAAGCUUGGGAGGUAAACAGCCUGGCAAUGCGGAUAAAGAGCUUUGCCCCGAAGUAGUGCUGCUGAACAGAGUGCAUUAAUUCAUGCUUAUUUAACAUUUUACUUGCUCCCCCUUUAAAUUAACUUAGAAAGAUAUGCGUUGUCCGUCUCUUGGGGUUAUGGUCUUCUUGGGGAAAUAUCCUCUGCUUAUAGUUAUAAGGGACAGAGGUAAAAUAAAUCUGACUGGAUUUUUCCCGGCAUUAGUUUGGACAAAAACUUAUUACUAAAGCUUCCAAAAGAUUAUUCAUCUAUUAAA